CUGCGAAGAAGGUGGUCACAAAUGUAUAAAGCAGUACAUUAACUCGCAAUCAUAAGAUCUUUCCCUUCAUACGUGCUACUCGGAGCCCCGACAAUGGCGAGACGGGUGACGGAGCUGGGAUGCAUCGCUUGCGAAGAGCUUAAUGAACUUGGCGCUGGCCGGAAGGAGGGAUGGCUCGUGGACGACCCGACGUUACUCUGCGCACUCGAUGCUCAUUCCCUUGCUCUCGCCAAACGAUCUGUCAUUAUCAUUCUCAGUUGGACCGACCCGGAUGUACCCCGUCUUAAGAUUCGACCCGAUCUAUCACCGAUCGAGGCGGAGUCUGUAACGGCCAUAGAGUGGUUGGUUUUUGAUGAGAUUAGAGUUGUCGCGAUAGGGACCUCUUCUGGCUAUCUGUUGGUUUACUCUUUGACUGGUGAUCUGAUCCAUAAACAGUUGGUAUAUUCUGGACGCAUCUUAAAGUUACGAGUUCGUGGAACUAAGAAAGAUUUGACCCAAGAUAUCUCGGAGGAGGUUUGUGUAGUAAUGUCUGGUGUUAUUGCUCGUUUUGAUGGCUCUGACAUUCAUCGCGGCCGUCCGAUUACACAUGAGGAGGGAACGAAUCCAGACCGUCCAUGCGCGGAAACAAAUCCAAACCGUCCGAUCGCGGGUAUGCGAAUUGCUAGCAUGGCCUCCUGCGUGAUACUGCGUCAGCGUGCCUUGGCACGCGACGCGCUUCAGUUUGUCGAGACUGCUGACUGA